GGGCCGGGCAGGGGCGCCCCCACCGGCGGCGGCUCGGCGACAUGGGCCGCUACUCGGGCAAGACGUGCCGGCUGCUCUUCAUGCUGGUGCUCACCGUCGUCUUCUUCGUGGCCGAGCUGGUCUCGGGCUACCUGGGCAACUCCAUCGCGCUGCUGUCCGACUCCUUCAACAUGCUGUCCGACCUGAUCUCGCUGUGCGUGGGGCUGGGCGCCGGCUACGUGGCGCGGCGGCCGCGCGGGGGCCUGGGGGCCACCUACGGCUACGCGCGCGCCGAGGUGCUGGGCGCGCUCAGCAACGCCGUCUUCCUCACCGCGCUCUGCUUCACCAUCUCCGUGGAGGCCGCGCUGCGCCUGGCGCGGCCCGAGCGCUUUUUUUUGGGGGGGGGCCUCUUCCACCUCCCCCUUAUUCUACCUGCUUUGGAAACUUAUACACAACACAGGGUUUCUUCUUUGAAUGCAGGUGAUUCUCUGAACACCCAGAAUGAGCCAGAGGAGACUAUGAAAAAGGAGAAAAAGUCGGAAGCCCUGAAUAUCAGAGGUGUCCUUUUGCAUGUGAUGGGCGAUGCCCUGGGGUCAGUGGUUGUGGUGAUCACAGCCAUCAUAUUCUACGUGCGUCCCCUGAAAGGUGAGGACCCAUGUAACUGGCAGUGCUACAUCGACCCAAGCCUGACUGUCAUCAUGGUUGCCAUCAUUUUGUCAUCUGCCUUCCCACUCAUCAAGGAGACUGCUGCCAUUCUGCUGCAGAUGGUCCCCAAAGGAGUGAACAUGGAAGAGCUGAUGAGUAAACUCUCGGCCGUGCCCGGGAUUAGCAGUGUACAUGAAAUGCACAUCUGGGAACUUAUAAGCGGAAAGAUCAUCGCCACCCUGCACAUCAAGUAUCAGAAGGACAGGGGCUAUCAGGACACCAGUAGGAAAAUUCGAGAAAUCUUCCACAGUGCGGGAAUCCACAAUGUGACCAUCCAGUUUGAGCAGGUGGACUUGAAGGAGACCAUGGAGCAGAAGGACCUGCUGUUGUUCUGUAGUUCACCCUGCAUCUCUAAGGGCUGUGAGAAACAGCUGUGCUGCCCCCCCGGGGCCCUGCCUCUGGCCCACGUCAAUGGCUGCGCGGAACACAAUGGCUGUCCCCCUCUAGACCCAUACCCGGGUGGUGGCCUCUGUGGACAAGCAACAAGAGAAGUGGCUAUUGACGUCUCUCUGGACAGCUGUCUGAACGACCAUGGAAAAGCUCUUAGCAAAACUCUGGAGGACCAACAUUUUGUCAACAGCACACAUUUUUAGUCUUGUUCUGACGUACAUGAACAGUGUAGACGAGGCGCUCUGGCUUGUGGAAAGACCUCUGUGGGCUGUAGGCACUGGUCAAAUUUGUGGUGUGCAUGCUCUGGGUUCAUCAGGGGGCUGGUUGUUUGGGAUGUUAACUGCAUGUGUCUGUUCAUUUUUCUGUGACUGUGAACUCCUUUACAUUGUCCUGGGCAUCCCGUGCUGCUCUUCAACAAACUCACUGUUUUAGUUGGAACAUUUAUUUUAAGAAGCAAACCGUGCUAGUGAUACGUAUCAGGGACAUUGAAGGCUGGGACUCAAUGGCUGUGGACACGGGAUUCAAAGUAGUUUUUGUUUUAAAGUGAUUAGAUUUUGUGACUGACUCUUGGGUGAGCUCAUAGCCAAGUACAUCAAAAAAACUAAGGAACCAUGUUAGCUAAUGUUGUUUUCAUUCCAUUAUAAGAUCAUAAAAGAGGAAAGUUGGGUAGUCCUGUCACUGCAGAAAUGUUUUCUUUGACUUGUUUUCAAAUAAAUGUAAAAUGAAUACCUAUUAAAGUAGAAAAUAGUCUCAGAUCAUCGAAGGAAGUAUAGAUUAUUGGGGGAAGACAGGAAGAAAGUGCUUCCUGACUACCUUUUCAAUUUGCAGGGUGGAGAGAAAACUGGUGUUGACUUUCUGCUGUGAAAUGAACUGCAGCUAUAGGGUGCUUCAAAUGUUUAAUACACAAAAUGCUUUCUGUUUCCA